GAUUUCGGCUAAAGAGAGCUUCCCUCCCUCUUAACAAAUGCUGCCCUCAAGCAUUUUACUUCUCUGAAAAAAACCCCAAAUGUCCGAACGAUACUUGUAUCUGUUUUCUCUCAAACGAUAAGACCCAAUAAAACAGAAAAUCCUCCCCCAAAUUCACAAUCAGAUCUCCUGUCGCUCGAAGCGUUUUAGGAUUUCAGCUCCAAUUCCUUCCCCACUGACAUGACCAUCAUCUUUGCGUUCUAUGUGCAAGAUUGGUGAUAUCAACCGCCUUUUUCCUUUCAAAUCUGCACUGGUCUUUUGGAGAUAAUUCGAGGGCAUCUGAGGAACCAGGACCACUUACGGCAUGGCCAAGCACCAUCCUGAUCUUAUCAUGUGCCGAAAGCAACCAGGAAUUGCCAUUGGGCGUUUGUGCGAGAAGUGCGAUGGGAAAUGUGUGGUCUGCGAUUCAUACGUGCGGCCUUGCACACUCGUGCGUGUCUGCGAUGAAUGCAAUUACGGCUCCUUCCAGAGCAGGUGUGUCAUCUGUGGAGGGUUAGGGAUUUCUGAUGCAUACUACUGCAAGGAGUGCACUCAGCAGGAGAAAGACAGGGAUGGUUGUCCGAAGAUUGUCAAUCUUGGGAGCGCUAAGACUGAUCUCUUCUACGAGCGUAAGAAGUAUGGUUUCAAGAAAAGAUGAAGUAAAAGAAAUUCUGGCUACUUUCUCCUCAUCUUUCUUUUUCUUCUUUUUACUAGAAGAGAGUCGUGUUCAUUGCACCCGAGGAAACCAUAGAGUUACAAUCCAUGCCCUACGCUAAUUAGUUAUUCUGAAUUACAUUUUGAGCUGCGCAGAAACAAAACUUACAGCUGGUAUGGGAACUAAAUCUUUUCAUCCUCUGCAUUACUUAAUGAGCACAACUUCAGCCCAA